CGGCUCAAAAAAGGGUAACCACUUGGCGCGUUUUUGCCAAGCCGCCAACUGCGCUAACUGACUCCUGCGGACCAUGGGAUGCUUUCAGUGGCUCUUCGGCCAGAGCCGGUCAUCCACUGAAGUCAUCAGACCAAGCAUGAAACUGUAUGAUGGUCCCACAGAGAUGAUUGUGCCAAAGGGAGAGCAGAUGUUCGGGAUGAUGCCCCUGUGCUUUGCCACCUAUCCAGCUAUCGCCUUGCGCCUGCCAAAAUGUGACGAGAAGCGCUUGAAGCAGUCCUUGUCCAAAGCCCUGGAUUUGGUGCCCAAGGCGGCCGGUCGCUACAAGGAGGACGGCGAGAUCAUCCAGCUGAACGGCGCAGGUGUGCCUUUCACAGUGGUGAAAUCCUCAGAAGAAAGUGCACCGGUGCGUAUCGAGGAGAAGAGGCUUCUGGACCUUGCGACCUUCCAUCGGCCCUGGAGUGUUCGCCAGGGACUCUGCGCAGCGGCAGCCAUCAAGCUGACCAUCUAUAAGGAUGGAAGUGGGGUGCUGGCGUUCUCUCGAUCGCAUAUGCUCUUUGAUGGGGGUUCUGCCUGGACUUUUCUUGGUAUUUGGGCCAGCUUGGCCAAGGGAGACUCGGUGAAAGCCCCUGCCUACCAGCAAGAUUAUAUGCAGAGGCUCCUCCCAGGUGACGGCGAAUUCCAGGAGCUGGCCAUGAAGAAGUAUGGCGUCAGCCCCAAGGCUUCCAUUUUCUCCAAAGUUCUGAAGCGCAUUGUCAUCCCGCUGGUGGGCGCCAUCAUGGAUACCUUUUUCCUGCAUGGUGGUUGGUCCCUCACCAGGCACCGCCUCUUCUUCUCGGAUGAUGACUUAGCUCGCCUGAAAGAGGAGGCAACACCUAAAGAGGUGCCAGCGAAUAUGGACAACUGGGUGACCACCCAGGAAGCCCUUUGUGCGCAUAUGUUGCUCGCAUUCCGGCCUUUGUUGAAGAAGGACAGCGCAGGAGAUGUUCAGAUGAUGUUUCUUCUGGACGCGCGAAAGGCUUUGAGCUUGCCUUCCAAUCAGAUCAUGGGCAACGGCCUGACCUUCACCAGUAUAUCGAUCCCGACCCAGCAGGUCUUGAGUAUGGAUCUACCAGGCUUGGCCAGCCACCUGCACCAAGCGCUAUCUGUGAAGGAAGGCUCCUUAGAGUCGCAGAAGGAGCUGUGGAGGACCAUCACUGGAGCCUGUCACCGCGGAGUGGAGAAUGAUAUCAUGCGAAAGAUCCACAAGAUGAAGAACAUCGACCUCAAGUUUGCUGUCAACAAUUCCUCCAAACGCGCCCUGCCGGACUUUGGCUCUGGCCGCUGCCAAUCGGUCAUCACCAAUGCGGGGCCGACCAUCUUUCUGCCGGCCGAUGGAGGGAUUGAGGUCCAUUUGGAUCCCAGCGUUUUUUCCAGCGCCGGCUGCACCAAGGCACAGAGAGAAGAGGCCUUAAGAGCCAUGACCGCCCUGCCGAAGAAAGUACAGUGAUGAAAGAAUUCAUGUUUGAAAGUGGAUAAGGA